CAGCCCAACUACUUACAUGUGGAGUCUUGGAAUCCUGGGCUGCUGCAGUGACUUGAGACUGCUAUGGCCAUGUCCCAGCUUGGAUUACUACUCUCUCUUAUCUUCACGGCUCUCAUUCUGCUACACAUAGGUGAUUGCCUUCAGAUGGAUCAACAACUCUGCCAUCCAGAAUGCAUUGCUUCCUCAUCCCCUGACAUCUCGUACCAGAGAGGGGUGAGGUACACGUACAGGUACAGCACUACGAUAGCCACUACUCUACAAGGCUCUACCUCAGGCAGAAAUGGACUGGCUCUCGACUGUGUGGUGGAUAUUGACGCAAUUUCCAAGUGUCACCUUAUGAUGCAGAUUAGGAAUCCACAGAUAAAGCGCCUUUCUCCCCAGAAGGAACAUUCUGUGCAACGCCUAAAGAGUUUGAGGGAGUCGCUAGAGAGGAGUCGCCUCAAGUUCUCCCUCCAGGGGGGAAAGGUCACGGCCCUCUGUCCGCAGGAGGGGGAGCAGCUGUGGACGCUGAACAUCAAGAGAGCCCUACUGAGCAUGAUCCAGACCUCCCGCACCACCGAGAAGCAGGAAGUAGUGAAGGAGACGGAUCUGUACGGGACAUGCACUAGUAAGUAUGAGAGGAGAGGGCCUCUACUGGUGAAGACGAGAAACCUCAGGCAGUGUCAACAGGACAGACUGGCAUACUUCUGGUCCCAUUCCACCCGUCUGAGAGAGGACACAACAGUGGACUCCAAACUCCAGUGUACCCAGCGGCAUGGGACUACAGUGAUGGAGGAGGUCAACUGCACAGAGAUCAUCUCCAUGGUACCGUUGUCAGGGUCAACAGGAGUGGUGAAGACCCAGACCGUCUCUACCCUUACGCUGCUCAGAGCCCAGAAGGGCACACCCUCAGGAGUGGAUACGUUGGGUCUAGGUGUCCUGACUGACCUCCAGUUUGUGGAGGAGGGGGCUGAAGGGAAAGCCAGAGGCAGGACGUCCUCCCCCCAGGAGGCCACGGACACCGUGAGGAAGCUGUGUGGUCUCACCUCUGACCAGCAACAGCUGUCGGAGCUGUUCCUGCUCUUGGCCUUUCAACUGAGAGCCCUGUCCCUGCCUCAGCUCAAGACACUGUGGCACGACGCCUCCUUCAAGUGCCGCAACGACUGGCAGCCUCUCUUGGACGGCCUACCAGCGUGUGGCUCAGAGGAAUGCAUCGUCCUCUUAACGGACCUCAUCCGGGAUGAGGAGAUAGAGCAGGAGAGGGCCCACUCUUUUCUCACCACCAUCGCCCUCAUCCCUCACCCCUCGCCACACAUCAUCGGCUCCGUCAAUGCAUUGCUGAAGACACCUGAGGUGCGGACCAAGGCCCUGUUGACUGGUUCUUCCCUGGUCCACCUGCUAUGUCAGAGGAGAGAGUCUCCCUGCAGUCUCAUCCCCCAGGUCCAGAGCUUCAUACAGGCCCUGAAAGACACCCUGGGAGAGGGCUGUGGAGGGGAGAAACCAGAGCUGCUCUAUGCAUUGAAAGCAGUGGGAAAUGCAGGCUUGGCUGCUUCAGCUCUCAUCCCUCAGCUAAACCUCUGUAUGCAGAGCCACUCCACACCUCUGGAGCUGAGACUCACUGCCAUACAAGCUUUCAGACGCAUCCCCUGCAAUGCUGACAGGGGGUCUGUGCUGCAACUCUACCGCGACCCCCAGGAGGAGGUGGAGGUCAGGAUCGCUGCAUACCAGCAGAUCAUGCACUGCCCCGACCCUGAAGUGCUUCGAGCAGUGAAGGCGACUCUGAGCCACGAGACUUCCAGCCAAGUGGGCUCUUUUGUGUGGAGUCACCUGACCCAUGUCCUGAGAACUGAGGACCCUACGAAGCAGGCCCUGAUGGAGGCACUGCCUGAUGACAUCAUCACCAAAGACUUUGAGGCUGAACCCUGGAAAUACUCCUCUUAUUCAGACUACACUGCAGACUCAGGAUUUGGAGUUGCGAAUAUGGAGGGAGUCUUGGUUUUCUCUUCCAAGUCCUUUGUGCCGCGCUCUGCCAUGGCUAACCUGACUGUCUAUAUCCACGGAAGAGCUUUCAAUCUGCUUGAGGUCAAUCUACGUGUGGAAAACAUUGAACCUCUUCUGAAACGCAUUUUUGGCUACCAAUCAACUUCUCCUGAUGAGGAGCCUACAACUCAGGAUGGAGAGGAGGAUGGAAAGGAGUCUCAGAUGAUGGAGAGAAGAAGAAGAAAAGCAGGGGAAGGAAAUAAAGGACAGAUGAAGGAGAGGAGAAGGAGAAAAGCUGGGGAAAGAGACAGCUCUGAAAGCCAGAGUGGAAAGGAGGGUUGUUCACCUAGUAUCUACAGUUACCUCAACCAGGCCAGGACUAUGUUCUCAGGAGGGAGACUGGAGGAGGCCAGACCACGUUGUUGGCUUGGUGUCAAAGUGUUUGGGAACGAGUUGAGCGUGGUGACCUGUGAUGACCUCUACUCUCAGAUAAAGGAGCUGUCACUCAGCAUGGCUGGGGUUGCUGUCAGACUGCUGAAGGGUCAGGAGGUGCAGCUCCACCACAGGGCAGUGUUGAUGACAGAGGAGUUGGUCCUGCCCUCUCUGUCAGGCUUACCCAUUAGACUGGGCAUCAACAUGACCUCCCUCCUCUCCCUGCGCCUCAAGGGCAGUGCCAACUACAGAGACUGGUCACACUUUUCCCUGGCAGGUCACAUCAAGCCCAGUGCCUAUGUGGGCCUGUCAGCCCGGAUGGGUGUGGAUGGGGGUCUGGGUCGGGCUGGGGUGGAGUGGGCCACAGAGCUCAGGACCUCCGGCAGUCUGGAUGGGAGUGUGCAUCUUCAGGAGGGCCAUGACCUGAGAGUGGCCCUCAACACACCUGAAGAACUCAUGGAUAUAGUCUCUCUCAGCUCCAGAAUGUACCAAGUAAACGGAGACCACCGAGAGGAGAUGAGAGGCUCCAAGAGUCGUGUGGAGAGGACCACCUGCACUCCAAAGACCUGGUCUAAGAUGGUGGGGUGGCAGCUGUGCUCCAAUGUCUCCUACCCUUUAUCCUCCACGGGGCUUACCUUCCCCCCUCCCGGCCCUGUGCACCUGUGCCUCAGGCUGCUGAAGCUAGACAGAGGCCUUCACCAGUACCUGCUAGAGGCAGCAUACUCUCUAUUGACACAGAGUGGCUCCUGGCUCCCCAGAGAGGCCUCCCUCCACCUCCUCCUGGCCACCCCCCAGUCCUCCAUCCCCAGGGACAUGUCUCUGGACCUGGCCCUCAGCCCCCACAGGCUGCUCCUCAAGAUGACCCACCCACUUAAGACCAUCACCAUCCAGGGGCAACUUGACCAAGUGAGGAACAUAUGGACCGGUAAACUUGAGCUUCUGAUAGACAACGUUCAUCAGUAUUACAUCAUGGGACUGAUUGACUCCCAGACCCUCCUCUCAGAGCAGAGGCUGCGUUAUCAUCUAGAGGCCAAAGUGGGUGCGGAAAGCCGUCCCAUGAUCCUCUCUGCUAACGUCACCCGCGGGCUGGGCAGAAAGACCAGCCUGUCUGCCACUCUGAAGAAUGUGUUCAGAGAAGCUGCCUCCUUCUCAGUGGUUUUGGAGAGGAGGCUGGAUGAUGGGCGGAGACAGUACUCAGUGGAGGCGGAGCUCCUACUGCCUGGAGUGGUGGGCAGCAGGAUCCUAGGGCUGAUGGAGCAGAAGGGCCCACUGUGGAGCUCUGCACUGAGGCUCAAAUAUGGCCUGCGUGAGGAUGCCCGCCACCUGCGUCAGGAGUGCCACACGUCCCAGAGCCUGAGGAGUGAGAGGGAGCCCAACCAGACGUACCGCAUGAGGGCUGAACACGAGUUCUACUGCUCUACCACAGCCCCCAUUAACCACAAGGUCCAGCUGAGACACGAAGAGAGCCCCAGCCACACCAAGUCCAGUGUGGAUGUGAGCUAUGGGAAACACUGGGAUGAGAUCAACAACAAGCACCGCCUCCUCCUCAGCCAGUCCUUCAGGAACCAGUCCAGACACAACCUCACCAGCUAUGCCUUGGAGUUCAGCCUGCAGGUCCCAGACAAGCGGCUGAACUACAAGACCCAGCUCAUGCACUCUCACCUGAGGCAGAGGGGGGCCGAGAGCAGCACUCACCUCAAAGUGAACUACAACGACCAGAUGCCCCUGGUAGCUGGACUAAACUGGAAGGACACCUCCAAAGCCAUGCUCAGAAAAUGGGAAGGUAUGUUCAACAUGGACACUCCCUGGCUCUACGUGUACACGACCCACAAGCUGAGUCAGCCCCAGCGCCACACCUACCAGUUGACCUCUGAACUCACUGCCCGCAAGUGGCUGACCGUCCGUGACCUCGUGCUGGAGGGUUAUUACAGAGACAGAAGCAAGGACAGAGAGGCCCGCCUGCACCUCUACACACCCGCUGUCACAUACCUCAAAGCAGUUGGCUGGGGUAUGGUGGCUAAACAGGGUCUGAAGGCCUCCUGCACCCUCAGCUCUGUGUGGAGCCCUGCCCUGAGGGGAGACCUCUCCCUGGAGAACACCAAGCAGGGCAGGACCCUGCAGCUGGCCUCCAGCUACGGCAAACACAACCUCAGCCUCACCGCAGGACUCACUACCCUGGACAAGAAUUUGAGUAAGAGGAUGGUGAGGAUGAAGAUGAUCUUAUCAGAGCCCAAAAGCCCAUCUAUGGAGUUGGAGUUAGAGGGAGGAGUGGAGGAGCUCAGGAAGGACAAACAGAUUUAUCAGAAGAGAGCAUUGCUACUCCUUCGACAGCCGUUCCAGAACUUCCUCCAGAGCUUCCUUCUCCAGGAGACUUUCACUGUCGACCUCCACAAGGGCCUUUACAUCCUGGAGUCGAAAGCCCAUCUCUAUAGCAACAGAGACAUCAUUCAUACUCUCACCCUGGGAUACCAGCAACCCAGCCCUUUUGUGUGUUCCUCCCUGACCCACCCGUUCAGCUAUGAUGUCAUCCCUCCAGACUCUGAAAUGUGUGUCACAAUGUUCAGCAACCAGACGCAGAGAGAGGUGCGAGGGAGGGUUCGGGUCGGGAUGAAGGACAGACUGACGUUCCUUGGACAAAUUCAGCUGAACCCCUCAGAUUCACCGCAACAUAGGGUCAAAGUUCGAGCCAACCUCACCCACCUACUCCAGUUGAAGCUCCCUUCGUCGGCCAUACUGGAAGGAGACGUGUCCUGGAAUCCUAAAAAUAACAGUGUGUUUGAUUACCUAGUGAGAGGGAAAGUAGGGAUCAACCGGCAGGAGUGUCAGUUUUCUGUUCAUCUGAAUGGCUCAUCAGACAAAGUUGGUCUGUUUUCCUCUCUCAGUCAUCCCUUCAAAUCCAAGAUCCUUAAAACAUUGGAGGCUCAGCUCACUGCAGACACGUCUAUGGUGGAUGGCAGCGUGAGCAGCUCUCUGUGUGUGAGGGCUGAUGGGAAGGACAGAGCCCUGCUGGAGGCCCAGCUCUCCCACUCCCUACAGAGAGACACCAGAGCCCUGGGUCUACGUAUGGACCUGCUCCAGAGUCUACUACCUACUACAGCCACUGCGCUGCACCUCAACAUGUCUGCCAACAUCUCCUCGGAUAGACUCUCCAUGCAUGGUUCCUAUGACCAGGGAGGAGAGGUCCUGCAGGGCCAGGUGGCUGGCUCACUGGAGCACUCCCCUGGUUCCCCGGGGCUACGGAUGGCUGUCACAGGGGACCUGAGGCACUCCUUACCCAGCCUCACUGCUCUGCCUCCUUCCCUGAGUCUGGAAGGAGCCCUGGGUCAGUCAGACUGGCUCACUGAAGGGCAGCUGAGAGUGACAGUGAGUAAGGCUGUGUACAGUGUGGAGCUGAGUCAUCAACAGGACCAAGGAGACACCUGGGACGAAGAGGAUGGCAUGCUGGGAAAAGAGCCUGACGGGGCCCGUGAUUGGUUGUGCGCUCGGGCAGGGGAGGAGUCUCUGUGUGUGAAUGUGAGCCGCCGAUUGGGCAUUCAGGGGAGGGGUGGAGUCAAUGCCCAGCUCUCUCACUCCUCCCCCUGGCUCCAUACUGCAGGUAUACCAGGUAACAGCAGUGCCCAGGUGAGCUGGACCCAGGAGGAGGGCAGGCUCUCAGUGCUGGCAGAACUACAGGCCGGGGCUCAGGGCCUGAAGGCUGAGUUUGAGAGUGCCAGGACUGGCCGGGCCUCCCCACGAUGGGAGCUCCAAACCAGGGUACAGCACCAAAGCAAGGCCCUGGUCCAAAGAGGCAUGCCCAGCUCCAUCCAGGCUACAGGGCACUAUCAGGAGGAGACAGAGGGUGUGAGUGCAGGGUUGGCCAUUCAAGUUGAAGAACAGAAGAAGGUGGACAUCGUAGUGGAAGCUGGCAAGGGGAACAACACUGCCAACCUGAACGUGUCUCUAUUGCACAACCUGAGGCAACUCAAAGGAGUGAUACCUACAUCAUUACAGAUGAGCUGCACGGGGUACGCCACCAAUGGUGCCGCUAAUGACCGCCUCUCUGCCCAUUGCUCCGAAGCAUCGCGCGGUCGACCCGUGGAGUGCAGCGCCUUUCGCUCCAAGAGACCACACAGCAGCAGGCUCUGCUACGGCCUAGCGUUAGCCUACCCUAGCAUCACCGCACAGGCCAAAGGCUGCUACAGCCCCACGGGCCAGGCUGAGCUCAUGGCUAACCUCACCCACUCCUCCCGGCUACUGCAGCUCUCCCUGGGGCUGCCCUCACGCUCUAGCCUCAGGCUUCUGCUCCGGCCUGGGCCUAAGCGAUGGGGCCUGGGGUUCGGGUUGGCGGUUGGCCCCUGGAAGGUGCAGGUUAGUGGGGGGCUGAGGCAGGAGGCGGCAGGGCUCUAUGCAUGGCAUGGCCUGGUUGAGUAUGGGACUCCUCAUGUCACACACAAGGCCGAGGUUAGAGGUCGCGUUAGGGCAGAGCGGUGGUGUCACCUCUGGGUGGAAGUGAGCGGGGUGUGGGACUCAGUCAGAUCCAGCCUGGUGGUGUCGACGCGGUGUGGGGGAGGGGUGCGGGUGGCCUGGGUGCGGAUCACUGAAGGGGAAGGGGCACUAGCACCAAGCAGGACCUCUCUGACCAUAAUAGGAAGCGCUGUGAAAGAUGGCCUCAGGGGCACUGUGGGUCUUGAAAACAACCAGGAUUCUCUCCACUGCCUGUUAUCCUUGCUACUGAGGGAAAGCCGAGCUGAGCUGGGCUGGACCCUCCACCACCAAUGGGCCUCUCUCUCCACCUCCUCCAUCCCAGAAAGGGUUGACCUGCACGGGUCAGCCCAGGUCCGACGUGCCUCCCUCUCCGGGAACGCCCGCGUCUCCUUGGACGCCCACUCGGCCAACCUGGACGUCACGGCGACCUGGGAGCCCCUCGGCCACGCCCCAAACGCUGCCCUCAGGGCCAUUUUCCAACAUGACCUUGCCACCCUAAAGCAUGCUGGGAUACCAGAGGGGACGCCACCCUGA